UUUAUUAUUUUGUAGUUAUUUCGCCAUUUGGUUUUGUAAUAAACGAAAAUAACACGUAAAUAUCACUUGAAUUAUCAAAAUUAAUAUCUGUUGAUAAAAUAUUUUUUAUAAAAAUUAGAUCAAUUUUUAAUAAAUAAAAAAUAUAAAUUAUUUUUUUUUAUAAUAAAGUUCACAAUGAGUCUCGCAGGUUUAGUUGAAUAUGAAAGUAGUGAUGAAAGUGAAAAUGAAGAUUGUCCUGAGGAAAACACAGUAAAAAAUGUUACAAAUACUGCUAACUCUGAUAAUUUAACAAAUGAUACUAAAAUAAUGCAGAGUAAUAAUAAAACAAAAUUACAUUUACCGGCGCCAGUACAAAAAAUUAAAGAAAAAACUAGGUUAGAAUCGGACAUCAUUGUUGAUAACUCGUCAAAUAAUUUGGCAUUUGAUAUACUUCCAAAGCCUAUAACUGAGCAGACCAAUAAUGUAAUAAUAGAAGAGAAUGAUGAUGAUGAUGAUGAUAUUCCUAUCAUGUCCAUGAAAAAAAUAACAAUAGAAAAACCAAUUAAAAAAAUUAAAGGACCUGUCAAAAUAUCAAUUCCAUCUUUAUCUGAUUUCGACGAUGUUGAUGGACCAUCAUCAAAUCUAACGAAUAAUAAAAUUCAGCCAUCAAAGAAGUUGCCUGGAUUAUUAUCUAGUCUCCCUCCACCAAAAGGCGAAUUAAUGAGUACGAAAAAUAUGAUUCCUCAUGUUUUAACUAAAAAAUCAACUACAACUACGGCUUUAACACCAACACAAAUAAAAAAUAAUGCUCAAACUCGUGCUGCUAUAAAUAAAAAAGUUAUUGAAAAACCUAAAGUUUCAAAGGCACUGGAACUUAUCAAGUAUACUUCAGACUCUGAAGAUGAAGAUGAAGAAGAUGUGAAAUCUAGCAGCACCACUAGUAUUGACUUUUUUUCAUUAUCUAAUCCCGUAAAUUUACCAAUUUCCGAACAAGCUUUAGCGUCACAUAGUUUACCGAUGCCAGAGAAAAUGGACACCUUGGAAUUCGUAGCUAGACCUAAAAACGAUAUCGAAGAACCAGAAGCUAUUAAUGAAAACCAAAGGACAUUAACAAGUACAGUAAUGAAUCUACCGCGAGAUGAAAUAAUAUUAAAAAAUAAAGCUGAAGUUGGUCCUAAAUUGCCAGUUCCCGAACAAGAAUUUCAUUUAGAUAAUGAUGGAAAUAUUGCGUUUGAUGAUAAAGCCAUUGAAUAUCUCUGCGGAAAACGUGGAAUUAAAAGGAAAAAUCAAUUCAUAAAUGAAAGUGAGAUAAUUGAUAUUAAUGGUGAAGAUAUUAAACCAGAUGAAAGAGAGUGGUUAGUAAAAGCACUGACUGAAGAACCAGUACAGAGACCAAUAUCACUUAGUUCUGGGCCCAGUGGUCAAUCAAAAAAGAAACAUCAAAUUACUUAUCUUGCUCAUCAAGCUAAAGCAAACGAUUUGGAACUACAAAAUCGAUGGGCUGCCAAUAAACUUGCUAGAAAUCAAACAAGAUCUAAAUAUGGAUUUUAAAAUGCUGUUAUUUAAGAUGUAAAUAAUUAAAAUCUUUUUUGUAUUUAAAAUUAUUUUUUUAAUUUAAAUGUUUAGUAAGGAUAAUAAAUGAAUAAAAAAACUAUAA